GCAAAAACACUCAACAGGAAGAAGAAUAAAGAUAGGGUUUUUGUUAUUACUCGAAUUGAAUUCAACUCGUUAUUGGUAAAGCGGCAUAAAUGGCCUUAGCGUGUUUCAAACCUUUUAGGCUAACAAGAUCUCUUGUUGCUUUAAACAGUUUUAGGAGGGACUUGAACACAUGGAAAUUGGGAAAAUUAAAUCAUGUAGCAAUUGCUGUAAACAACUUAGAGAAUGCCAUCAAGUUAUAUAGAGAUGUACUUGGAGCAGAAGUUAGUGACAAGCAGUCAUUGCCAGAGCAUGGGGUUCAAGUCAUUUUUAUAAAUCUGGGAAACACGAAAAUCGAACUCCUACAUCCUCUUGGAGAUCACAGCCCCAUAGCAGGAUUUCUUGAAAACAAGCCUGAUGGAGGAAUUCAUCAUAUUUGUAUAGAGGUUGAUGAUAUUGAGAAAUCUAUAGCUGAUUUGAAGUCCAAGAAUAUUCGAUUGCUUAGCUCAGAGCCAAAGAUAGGAGCUCAUGGAAAACCAGUGAUGUUUUUGCAUCCUAAAGAUUGUGGUGGAGUUUUGGUUGAGUUGGAGCAAGUCAAAUGAUGGAUAUUUUACCUUUCAAUAGAUUUACUUGGAGAACUUAUAAACAAACUCUCUUUUGCUUGGAAGAAUAUUUUAAUUGCCACAUGAUUAGAUAGAUGUGAAUUGCUAGCAAGCAAAUUCUUGCUUUAAUCAUAUCAAAAAUGCAAUUGUUUAGCGUUUUCUUCUGUGACGUCACGUAACGACCUAACAAAAGUUGCAAAAUGUUCUUACUUUAAUUAGUGAAUGACGUAAUGAAUUAAAACUGCAAUGCGA